AGUAAAAGGUAUGUAUUUGAAAAACCCAGAGGUGUAGGUAAUCGGAGUAUUUAGUGGUUAUCGAAUAUGUCAGAUAAAGACUUUGAAAAAUUAGUCGAAACUCAUGCAUUGAUGACGAUUUGCGCAGCGAUGACAUUUUUUAAGAAGAAUGCUAUAAUAAUAAAAGGGUCUACGACUUAGAGAAAGAGGAUUAUCUAUAAAGCACGGAUAAAGCUUACUCUGCUUUUAUAUACUGAUACACAGACCUGCUCGGUUGGGAGUCGGAUGAAUUAUGUGUAAUUAUGACUUCCCAGGAAUAGAAGGCACAUCUUAAUAACUACUUGUGGAAAUUUUCAGUUAGAGUCAUGGCGACAGCUCAUCACCUUUUGCGAAGAAAGAUGACCGAUCCCGAAACUCGUAACCAUGGAUCUCUUCCGCUUAUUAGUGCUCCAUUAAAAGAUAAAACACAGAAGAAAAAAGCGGGAGAGAUCCAGCACCUGACCAAACUACCUUCAAUUUACAUCCCCUCCGUCCCCGUGUCACGCUCACCAAACCUAAAGAUUCAGUUGACCGACUUCAUUGGAAACCGACCCGACAGUUACAAAGGCGAGACGACUCACGACUCCGAUUUGAAGGUCAAUAUAAUUGCUCGUGACAAGGCAAUCCAGCUUCUUCAACAGUAUAACGAGAUAGUUGGAGGAAACGAAAACCUGGCGGUGAAAAAUUUACCCCCGAUCAAAGUGUCGAUCCGUCCCAGUGGCGCAGAUUUAGGUUUUAAGAAAGACAAAAUGUCCAAGAAGAUUCCCGUUUUCACGGAAGGCAUCAGCUCCAUCAGCAAAAGACAAGAACCGUCGUUCACAGUACCCAAAGAAAAUGUAAUUCGUGCUAAUCUACCAAGAAACGUUGUUGUUGCACAAAAGAAGAAUAAGUUUACAUUUGGGGUGAAAAAUAACAAGAAACAUAGGAAAGAUGACAAAGGCGAACUUCCUCAGUUUAAACAGAUGAAGAAACUCGGUUUGGACAGCAUGCCUUCAGUAGACAUGGGGAGAUAUCUCAACAAAUCACAGAUGAUGCAAGAGAGCGUCAACUUACGUAGUGGGAUAAAGGGUGCAUAUUUUAAAUCUCCACGAAAGGGUGAUGACAAAAUUGAGGAAGAAAACCAAACCAACGGCCAAAGAGGAUAUGAAUCCGAUAGAACGCGUGUAUUGUCCAAGAAAACGUAUCCCCAAAGCACUUCUCGAUCAGAGAGCAAACUGAGUGUGGUAUCCGUAGGAGAUUCACUGGGACCGUCAUACUUUUCAAAUCGUAGAAACCAGAAAGGCGAGUUUUCACUCUUUGAUGCACGCAUGCACAAUGAGGCUCAUAGAAUGAGAUACCAACCACGUGACCCGUCAAUCUACGGUGUGUGUUCGUUGGCACCUAUACACGUAGGUGGGCCGCUGCAGAGAGUUGGGACACUUGAUCCAAUCUUGCAGGGGCCACAAAAAUCCAACAAAUCUCUGAAAGGUCCGCAAAAGAAGUCCCAGAAAGGAAAAAGAAAGGAUGCUUAUAGUGACAUUGGCCCCUGGCAAAGUGAUGUCAUUAUUCCAACUGAGUUUCAGAAAGAAAAUGGUGAACUUUUACCAGUGGCUAAUGAAGUACUAGAAGACACUGACUAUUCAGAGACAAUGUCGUAUCAAAGAGAACUACUAUUCCGUAAGAAUAUGACAAGUCCAACCGGAAGUGAGUCCACCAUGACGACACAUACACAUAUCGCCAAUCCACCCCCGUCCUACGUUUCCAGUAACGACGACGAUUACUCCAGGCAAUUUGAUAACCCACGGGCAAUGCUACAAAUCCAGGAGGAACAGUCAAAUCUUACUCUAGAAAAUGUCGAGGCACACAACAGAGACAUGGAAAUUAAUUCGAUAGCAACGAGUAACAGUAUCAUGAGGAGAAGAAAAGACGGACGAAGGAGCCGGGUUAAACCGGAACCUAAAAUCGUAAACCUGGAGAUUGAAGGUGAAAAGAGCGGAAGAACGUCCGUCAUCGAGGACGGUUUGUUCCUGACAAUUCCCUCGGUCAGUGUUGACUUGGAGAAGCGACCUCCUCACACAGUCAAAGCAGAAGUCGAUCGAAAUAUCAACGACUCGAGAGCCACGUGCUAUAGCACGCGCUCUGACAAUGACAACCCAAAAUUGGCCGUGAAAAACAUUAGGUUUCAUAAUGACCAUAUUCAGAUCCCAGAUACGAAUGUCGUCACACCGGAAAUUAAUGUCACGUCUGACAACAGUGAUACUGAGAUAAUACUGAAGGCCAACAAUGAUGAUUCUAAGGAAAAUCUCGCGCGGGUGGACACAGAGGAAGAAUUCAAGAAAUUUACAAUGUCGAACAAAACGAUGCAAUUCAUUUCGCCUCUGCAAGUCAUCGACAACGCAAAGCGACACUAAGUCAUCACCGCGAUGUUCGUUUAAACAUCCUCUACAUCAACAGUUGCUAGUAAUACCCAUUCUGAGUCAUUUACAUUCAAAAUUGGCGUUUACAUGAAAACACUCUUACUUGUUCUUUAGGACCGUAACGCAUGCGUAUUCCCCAUUUGCAUAAAAAUUGUUUUAACGGUUCUAAUAAAAUGCCAAAAUUACAAUCACGAAGAAAUCAUGAUAUGACAUUUUCAAGUUCCUUUUCAAAAUAUUUUUUGCGAUAGCAAUCAAUAUAGACAUUUACUAUGCUUUUGUCUUUGAUGUCUUUACAAAUUGCGAUAGCCAUUUCCUCAUGAACGCGAUGUAAUUGUAAUAAUACGCGUAUGAAUCGUGAUGAAUAUAGUACGUCAAUUUUAACAGCUGGGAAUUCAGACAGAAAUGAAUGUAGAAUGUAAAGAUAAGAAAUAAAUUUCAUUUUGAAAAUACGGGAUCGAAGGUAUGAACUGCAACGCUUGAUACCGUCAAAUUUACGCGUUUUAUGAAGUCUGUCGGCGUGAAGUGUCGCAGUUCAUAACCUCAUGUAUUCUCAAAAAUGAAUAUAACUUUUGCAAUAUAGUUUAAUACAAUGGAUCAAACGUUGAUUAUGAAAUUCCUUUCGAUUUCCAUUACUAUAAUUACGAUUAUAUUCCUGACUUGAUGUACAUGUAUGAAGGUGAAAGGAAUAUGCCGAUCACAAGAACUGGACGGAAAGUACAUCUGGCCACGUUUUGCAUUGUAUAUUGCCAAUAUUGUUAUUGAUAGUGUGUAUAUUGUUGAAUUGUCUGUUCACAAACCAACGUGCUUUUUAAUCAAUCCCAUGUCAACCAAACUUGGCACUGUGUUGUUUACUAUUUAUUGCAAUUAAAACUGAUUUGGAAAAGCUGA